CCCUCGGCGUGUCUCGUCUCUUCUCUCUGAGCCUUCUCGCCAUCAUAUCUUCUUGCUUUCAUGUUUGUAUCAUCACCAUCGUAUUCAACCUCAAAGACGUGAGCUCUCGCUAUCAUGGCAAAUGCGAUCAAUCCAACAUCUAUUCCCCCAAUUACUCAACUGCGGGAGCAACUCGACUAUGGCGACCCUCAUUUGCCGAGAUGCCAGGGAUUCUAUGAUAGUGUCCGUGUCUUCCGCAAGAACUUUGUGACCAGCCAAGGUUGGGAAGGCAGUACGAUUCACGAAUGGAGAAUUCGCGAGCAUCGAACCGCUCUUGCUGAGAUGGCGCGAGCAUAUCUUGAGCGUCAUGGCAAUGGGCAACUGUACUGGCCAGACGACAAUACGCAAGGCCGAGCUAACAAACUCAAGUAUUCUACUGAUGGCACACGGAUUAAGAGAAUCAUGCAGCAGCUUUUCUGGCGGCUGAACCUCCAACAGCACCGGAACGACAAGUACAAGAAGAACAAAGAGAAGUCGAGCAGCGUUGAUAGAAUGACUGGAAGGGGCCUCAGUCACGAAGAUCCAAUCGACGUAGAUAUCUUCGAAGAUGGGCAUGAGGGUUCCAGCGUUGCGGGGAUGCCUGGUAGCUCAAGCUCAACCACGUUUCCUGAGUCUACUAUUCAUCCCCAGCACAUCGACCCAAGCGUUAUCGAUCCUCACUUGGGCGAGGCGCAACAAAGCUGGCCGGAUCAACGUGAGGUCAGCAGCGAUCCGUACCGCGUCCCCGAAAGUCCAGAAAUACACGUGCAGAACACAUGUACCCCACAGAACCAGCACACCUUGGAAAGCAUUUCAUCAGCCGCUCCAAACGACGAUCGUCAAUUUGCACCCUACGCUGACAUGGGUCCUCCACCCAAGCGACCGAGGCUUGACAAGGCCAAAUCUGCAGGUACAAACAUCAAGGCGACAAAAAAACCCCGUGCCAACAAACCCCCAAUCGAUCUCAGAACACACAGAACCUCGCCCCGCAAAAGAAUCAUCCGUCAACCGGCGAACAGCGCAACACCUGAGCAACUCUUGGCAUUCUUUAACAGCGCCCCAAGCCCAGAGAUCGAUGACGACUCGGUGGCUCCUGAACCGCAGCCAGUUGCUGAUGACGUCUCGCCUCCGGGCCUUCAGGGGAGACUCAAUCCUCUUCAAGCCACUGUCGAGACUGUCACGGACGAAGACAUUUCCCCGAAUGCUUACGCCGACAAAGCAGUCAUUCAACUAAGAACCGAAACUGAGAUGCAUCAGUCUCAGCCAGAGGAGAGCUGCCACACGAAUGAACCUUCAGCUCCGAUGCAGCCAAUUGACGCGGCACUUGACACACCAUUCGCACCACACCCAACAGUCCCUGCUGCGCCGCAAAUUGACGACCCCUCCGCUUUGCCAGAAAUUGUCAAGAGCGCAGAGGCCGUCGUUCAACAGCCGACAAUUGUCAAUCAACCACCUAAGGAUGCACCAGUGCGGCAAUUAGAGGUCGACUUUGUGUAUCGCGUGGUAACUAGUCACCCAACACGUCAAAGUUGCACUUGGGAGCCAGAAGGAAGCUUCCGGAGUAAGACGCUCGCCGAACUCGUAGAAGAGCUGUCGAAACUACCAACACAGUUCCAAUGGUCUGAGCUUAAAUGCCUGUUAUUUCGAUUGGAGGCCCGGAAUACUGCCGUACAGGAAAGGGUCCAUAAUGGCAGAGAAGCAGGGUUUGAGUCUUUGAAGCGAAUUCUUGCGCGAUUUAUCCGGGAAUGCAUUGCAGAAACUCCUCCUGGGGAGAGCGUCUCUGUUUUUCUCGAGAUUGAGCCGUUGACAACUUUGGACUCUGUUUUAAAGGCGGCGGAAGUAGAGAACAUCGAUUUCUCUUGGUGAAGAAACUCACUGUAGAACAGCGGUCUCUUGCCUACCUACUAGUAUAGAUAUUGGAUUCUUCAGAUUUUCAAAUGCAC